UAAAUGCAAUAAAAGUUACGUUUUCCGACUGCACUGGAAGGCAGCACAAACUCCUGAUCCGCCUCGGAAGCUUUGGGGAAGUUUGAGUUUCUCCUGAAGCGACAGGGCCGUGGGAUGGGGUGAUGUGACAAACAGCGGUCAAAAAUGUGAACAAAGUCGGAGUCACGAUCAACAAAUCUCUUUCCUCACUGAAGCAUCAGGGAAACAUGGCGAAUUCGAGUUCUCCUCUUGUGACCUCGGCUCAGGCUCACCGCGCUGAGAUCCUGGAAAAUCCGCUCCGGACCUACCUCCUGGGAAUCAUCAUCUCCAUAUGUGGGAAUGUCCUCAUCAGCAUUUCACUCAACAUACAGAAAUAUGCCCACGUCCGUCAGGCUCAGCGUGGCUCCAAGCCCUACUACACCUCUGUGAUGUGGUGGUGCGGUGUGGUUCUCAUGGGUGUUGGGGAGCUGGGAAACUUUGCUGCUUACGGCUUUGCCCCAGCCUCACUCAUAGCCCCGCUGGGCUGUGUGUCUGUCAUAGCCAGCGCCAUCAUAUCUGUGGUUUUCCUCAAGGAGACAGUGCGUGCCUCUGAUAUUGUUGGUGGCACCUUGGCGAUAACGGGAACAUAUCUCCUGGUGACCUUUGCCCCCCACACUUCCACACACAUCACAGCCCAUCUGGUCCAGUACUAUGCCAUCAGCUGGCAGUUCCUGCUUUACUUUUUCAUAGAGGUCGUCAUCUUUUGCAUCCUGCUCUAUCUGUACAAGAGGAGGAAUGUGAAGCACAUCGUCAUUGUGAUGCUGCUGGUGGCCCUGCUUGCCUCUCUGACAGUCAUCUCAGUCAAAGCUGUAUCAGGGAUGAUCACCGAGUCAAUUAAAGGUCAGCUGCAGCUCAUCUACCCCAUCUUCUACGUCAUGCUUGUCGUCAUGGUCGCCUCCUGCGCCUUCCAGAUCAAAUUUCUCAAUCAAGCAAUGAAAAUGUUUGAUGCCACAGAGGUGGUCCCUAUCAACUUUGUGUUUUUCACCGCAAGUGCUAUUGUUGCAGGGAUAGUAUUUUACCAGGAAUUUGAAGGCUUGGCUUUGCUGAACAUUUUUAUGUUUCUCUUCGGCUGUCUUCUAUCUUUCCUUGGAGUGUUCCUGAUUGCUCGAAACAGACCAAAAAUAAAGCAACAAGAUCGCAAUUUCAUCGCAAUGGACAGGAUCCCUGGGAGAAGGCACACAGACAAAGUGCAGCCUGAGGCAAAGACUCCGACAUACGGAUCGCUGGCAGCCAAACUCAUGUGCAACAGAGCUGGCCAAACAGACGAUUCAUAGGACCUGCUCCAUCUGUUAGGAGUGUAAUUUCAUGAAUCUCUGUGUGCAUGCUUCUUUCUGUGUACUUCAGUGAUAUCUCUAUUUAUAGAAAUACACGGUAGGCAUCGAUUCAAACCAGUGCCAGCUGAGCGGCAGUAUUGGUGGCCAUAUUGGUCUGUUUAUGUCAAAAGUGGCAAGUGUUCGUUUGGAUUUCAGUGUUUCUGCUGAAUUAACAGUAUUUCCAGCAGGAAAUAGUCAUUAGGAAUAACUGGUGAGGAAAAAUUGAGUUUAAAUGAAACACAUUUAGUGUUUAAUUUUUUUUUCAAAUCUCUAGGAGGUCACUAUGUCAAAUGCCCUCCACUAAAACAUAUGUAUUAUGUUAAUCAGUUGAAUAAAUUGGUGUGUGUAUGAUCACUUGUCAAGAAACAAGGACAAAAUCUGAUGUUUCAAAAAUCUGCAGUUUUCAUGUCAUAUUGCAAACUAAGUGCACUACUGCCCUCUGAUGGUGGGGGAAGCUCAAAGUUGAUCAGUAAUCUUAGUACGGGUGUUCAGCUGAAGUGGAGUGAAUUCAUGUGAUUUGAAAUCACAGUAAUUCAGUGGUAGUUGUACAGAUCUUCCCUUGUGGUUGAUCAGUUUAGGUUGCUCAUUUUAUAUAUUGCAGGUUUCAUCCAUGUGUGAAAUUACUUGCACGUACAUCCAUCUGAAACCUGUUUCCAUGGAGUUGUAAUAUAACUUGUCUAAAAAGCACU